AUGUCUUCCAGCGUAGGCGCGCGCAAACGAAAGCCGCUACCGAUGCACAUCGACGCUGCCUCGCCAUCGAAGCAGCCCACACUGGCGCUGCAACAACACUUGCAGCAACACCUACAAUUGCAACACCACCAUCAGCUUCAACAACACCAGCAACAACACACGCAGACGCAACAUUCCAACGCACAAGCGCGCGCCAAAUCGCGCGAACGUGAGCUAUUAUUGCCUGCGAGCGCCACGAGCGGUGCGUUAGCUUUCGCCGCCGCAAGCAAUAACCAUAACCACAAUCAUGGACAGAGUCAGAGUCAGAGUCAAAAUAGCAAUAGCAACAAUAAUAAUAACAACAACAACGGCAAUAAUCUAAAUAACACGGGCAACAGCAGCAAUUUGCACAAUCUAAGUUCCAAUCAAAAUCCAAAGGCUAACACCAACAAUCCAAACAAUGCCGCCAGCAGCAAUAUCAGUAACAGUAGCAGUAACAGUAACAGCAGCAACAACACACCAAACGAUGAGUAUGGCGUUUUUGGCGAAUAUGUGGCCAUCACCAUACGCAAGCUGAAGACGCCGAAGGCAAAGAUUGUCAUCAAGCAUCUCAUCAAUAAUUUGUUGUAUGAGGCCGAGCUGGGCAAGUACGAUCACGGCAUGCCAUCGUCCAAAGAACCACCGCAAUUGUACAAGAUGUGA